AUAGCUGUAUUUCCCCCAUAGCCCUCUUCCUCCCACCGCCGUCACCGAAGCGGAUGAAAACAAACAGUAACGAUGGCGGCGCCGGGAAGCGACCGGCUGCUGGGCUGAAGGCAGGAGUGAUCACUUGAGCUGUGAGGGAAGCCCUGAAGAGCGCCUGUAGACGUGAGUGCGACAACUCGCGCAGUCUUGGGAACGGAACUCCCGGGGCCUGCGAGCCACGAGGCUCCUGAGGCGUGAGGUAUUAUCUGCGACCCGUGCUGUCAGUGCAGCUCCGGAGCGCGGAGCUCUCAGCCAGGAGGCGCAGCUGGCCGGCCCCAGGCCCCGGCCUCCGUAAUGAGAGCCCCGAGCCACUCUCUGUGUCGCAGCUUCACAGGUGAGGGUGACUGUUGACUAGUGCAAAAAGGGACCCAAGGUUCACGACUCUCUUACUGGCAGUGGAAUGACCUGUGGAAACCUGCGAUCCAUUCUCAUUAAGUAAAUCUCUGGAUUCCUAUAGGCAAUGGAAACUGAUCUCAAUUCCCAGGACAGAAAGGACCUGGACAAGUUCAUUAAGUUUUUUGCCCUCAAGACUGUCCAAGUGAUUGUCCAGGCUCGACUGGGCGAGAAGAUUUGUACUCGUUCAUCUUCUUCCCCAACGGGUUCAGACUGGUUCAAUUUAGCAAUCAAAGACAUCCCAGAGGUUACGCAUGAAGCAAAGAAGGCGCUGGCAGGGCAGCUGCCUGCCGUCGGGAGGUCUAUGUGUGUGGAGAUCUCACUCAAGACUUCUGAGGGAGAUUCCAUGGAGCUAGAAAUCUGGUGUCUGGAAAUGAAUGAAAAGUGUGAUAAAGAAAUCAAAGUUUCCUAUGCCGUGUACAACAGACUGUCGUUGCUACUGAAGUCUCUCCUUGCUAUAACUAGGGUGACACCAGCUUACAGACUGUCCAGGAAACAAGGGCAUGAAUAUGUCAUAUUGUAUAGAAUAUAUUUUGGGGAAGUUCAGCUGAAUGGCUUAGGAGAAGGUUUCCAGACAGUUCGUGUUGGGACAGUGGGUACCCCUGUGGGCACCAUCACUCUUUCUUGUGCUUACAGAAUUAACUUGGCAUUCAUGUCCACCAGGCACUUUGAGAGGACCCCACCUAUCAUGGGGAUUAUUAUUGAUCACUUUGUGGACCGUCCCUAUCCCAGCUCCUCGCCCAUGCAUCCCUGCAAUUACAGAACCGCUGGUGAGGACACUGGAGUAACAUAUCCUUCUGUGGAAGAUUCUCAAGAAGUGUGUACCACCUCUUUUUCCACCUCCCCUCCAUCCCAGUGUGUGUUUACUGUCACAAAGGCACAUUUUCAGACCCCUACUCCUGUGGUGACGGACACUCUGAGGGUCCCCAUGGCAGGACUGGCCUUUUCCCAUCAACUCUCAAGCUCUCGCCUUUCCUGUCAGCCUGCUGCCCUGGGCGUUGGAUCAGCUGACCUGGGUUGUCCAGCAGUGUUUGCUGCCGGCUUAAACACCACACACCCUUACCAGCUAAUGGUUCCCGGGAAGGAAGGUGGGGUACCCCUUGCUCCCAACCAGCCUGCCCACGGUGCCCAGGCUGGUGACCAGGAGAGACUGACAACCUACACCCCUUCUGAUGGGGCCCACUGUGCUGCCACACCUUCCAGCAGUGAGGAUACUGAAACUGUGUCAAACAGCAGUGAGGGACGGGCCUCCCCCCAUGAUGUCUUGGAGACCAUCUUUGUCCGGAAAGUGGGGGCUUUUGUCAACAAACCCAUCAACCAGGUGACCCUGACCAGUUUGGACAUACCCUUUGCCAUGUUUGCUGCCAAGAAUUUGGAACUGGAGGAUGUGGAUCCCAUGGUGAAUCCUCCAGAUUCCCCAGAGACUACAUCUCCUCUUCAGGGCAGCCUGCACUCUGAUGGCUCCAGUGGGGGCAGCAGUGGCAAUACCCAGGACGACUUUGUCAUGAUCGACUUUAAACCAGCUUUUUCUAAAGACGACAUUCUUCCGAUGGACUUGGGGACCUUCUAUCGUGAAUUUCAGAACCCCCCUCAGCUGAGCAGCCUCUCCAUAGAUAUCGGGGCACAGUCCAUGGCUGAGGACUUGGCAGCAGCCUCUCUUCAGGACCCCAUCAGUGAGAGGCCAGGGAGGCUGAGCCCUAACUUUGAGCUGAGCCUGGGAGGAGCAGAGCAACUGUCAAGGCCGGCCCUUGUCCCUCAGCCCUGUACAAUGAAAGGUAUGAGCCCUCGACGGACCCACACAGCACCCCCGGGACAGGGCUGGGACCAGUCGUGUCUCCAGGUGGGAGAGCCCCUCCCGCUCCUCCAGCCUACUUUAUUUGGAAAUAUUGAGCUAUACUUUAAAAUGUAUUCAAGGGAUUUCCAAUAAACUUUUUCUGUACUUCAUA